CAACCACAACCACAACCACGACCUCGUCUCGAUUGUUGACAUGGGAAGCCCUCCUGCAGCCUGCGAUACUGACGCUCGCCCGCGAACUGCCCUCCCUGACCUGUCCGACGCUCCUCAGUCGCUCCGAUCCAUGUCACUCUCCUCCUCCACGUCGUCCGCCUUUCCCUCGCGAGCCCACUCGUCGCCUGCUCCUCGACCGCGUCGACGGGCAUCGCAAGGCUCCGUCUCCGCCUACAACCGUCUGAAUUCUCCUCUCUCUCGAUUAAUCUCUAAAGACAAGCCAGGACUACAACUCCCGUUCUUCAACAGCCUGGGAAUAUCCUACCAGUCCUUGAACAACCCGCCAAUCUCUCGGCUCGGGUCAGAGCCCAUGUCGCUGGACUCCCCUUCAGAUCACCUUUUAUCCGGGCCUCUCACACCCCCGGCGGACGAAGAGGAUGAGCACACCACCUGGGAAGUAGUACAGGACGAGCCAGUCACCGAGCGGGAACCCAAACAUCAGACGCUCAUGGACCAGAGUCGGGAUCGGCACAGUGCAUCUCCGUCGAACCCACACCAACCCCAACACAUCUCGUUCAACCCAAUGUCCAACAGGCCGUCAUUAGAUGAAGAUGAGCACAUGUCAGGCCAAGACGUGCAGGAUGAAGUGCCGGGGAGGAACUGGCUAGAAAAUGCCCUUGACGCCAUCUUCUCGGCUCUUCUAUUUGACCCCCAUCAUCGUGCAGACUCGAUGCGUUUAGUCUCGCAGACUCUCCCCUUUCCUCGAUCUCCCGAGAAUAACGUACAAUUGCCGACCCUGGCCAGUGUGUUUGGAACGAUCAUAGAAGCAUUACGGAAUCGCCACUCACCAGAGCAUUCGCCUUACAUCCACGUAACUCACGCAGUCCCGAACGAUUUCAUCGUGGGGAAUCUCCCAACAUCACCACCAAGCACUCCAGGGCCGAUGGUCCAGUCGAACGAUUAUUUCGAUCCGCCAGUUUUCGCCAGCGCUAGCACAGUACCGAUAUACCACAAUGUAAAGGGACAAGUUUGCGAAAAGGUCAACUAUCCUCAUCCCAUCGUCCCCCCUUACAGUACACAUAUCUCAGUCCUAGAACGGUAUAUACCGCCUUCCACAAAACACGAAUACCGUGAUUUGUUCACCUAUAAGCAACCGUCGGCCUUGGCCGACCGUAUGCUCGAGCUGUCUCCGCUCGGCGGAUGUCUUUUAUUCAUUUACCCAACUAAGAAGGGUGCCACGACUUUCAAAAGUCAAUAUCUAGGGCCAAUCCUAGACCCAUUAUUGCGACAGCUAGUGGUCGUCAAUGGGUUUUCUGCUGAUAUUAGCCGCGACCUCGGACGGUUAGAGGCAGUCAACAGCAUGGACGAUUUUCAAACGAUGAAAGCUAAUAUCGAGCUUCUGUGUCGACUAAUGAGUGAAAACAUGCCCUCAGUAUUUCAACUGGUUAAUGCAGGCAAAGGGCUUGCUCCUCUCGACCGUAAUCUAUGGAUGGAAUGGUACAUCCAGCAAGAGCGGCCAAGAAUGAAAUAUUUGCUGAGUAGAAAUUGGCAAACCUCAGGCAGACUCACUCCGAGCAGCCCUGAAGGCGGGGGAGUUCAAUUGAGCUCCUCCAUGCUACUUGGAGAAAUCAUGGACGGAAUCAAAAGACGCCGAUAUGAUGUGUCUCCUAAGGAAGAUAUAGAACUAGGUGUUUUCGUCAUUCGCAGGUCUCGUAACCUCUCAUCUUGAUAGUAUCCCGACAGACUGAUCAAGAUAAUUCCGUGAUAAGGAGUAUGAAAAAUUAAAAAGCGUGUUAUGGAGCGGGCAUUUUCGGUACGCGGCGUUGGGAGCUCUCUUGUCUCCCUGGGAUGGGGAUUGCUUUCCUGUGAAUGCUAUAUAGGAGCGUCAUAUAGUAUAAUACCCAUUUGCUUUUGUCACUUUAAAUAGAUGGUCUAUUUAAAUAAUGGUUAGCCAUUUUAUACGCAGACUACAAAUAAUGUAAAUGGUAAAUCAUUCAUCCUCGCGUGCGUAACAGACGUGGUCCGGUGAUGUAAGUCCGGAUAAACCUAU